AUGAGUUACGAAAUGGUUUACAGCUGUGAUUCGGACAAGAUCGAGAUCUGUCAAGAUGGCAGGCUGGAGCUGGAAUAUACCUCUGAGGACAGCCUGGAAGAGAUGGAAGAGCGUUUACUAUCGAUCCUGCUCGACAUGCUUGCUGGUGAUCCCUACGCAGGUGGGGAUAGUGAUUUCACUUACGAGAUGCCCGAGGUCUUCUUGAAGCAGUUGUGGGACAUGGUCAUCGCCUUGGUCGAGCAAAUCCCUCAUACCCAUGAAGCUCAGUGUACCAUGAUGAAGCUGAUUCUGGAGCUGCAAAAGAUACCGGAGGAGGAGGAGGCUCGUAUUGCCAGCGGGAAAUUGAUCUUACCGUGGAAACAACUAUGCGGUCUGAAUUCAUGCAUGGAGGAACACUUCAGAUACAAUGGAAUAUUCGGCCGUUUCGUCGACGCCCAGAAAGUCAAGAGCUGGAUAAACCUCCACGCUUUCACUGCCGCUCUUUUCGGUCGAGGAUUAAUGAACUGGAGAUACGUAGGGAUUCUGAUAUUCCACGACACCUUAGAGCAAAACAGCACUGGGCAAAGCCAAGAAGCCAACAUCCAGGCUAUGGCUCAGUGA